AUGGCGUCUAUGACUUCUAUUGUUAAGGCAGCAGACUUUGUCUUGUCUAGACCAACAUUAUCAAAAGUUAUUGUGCCUAUUGCACAAAAGUUUACAGCAUAUGCUGGCUAUAGGGAGAUGGGAUUAAAAUACAACGACCUUCUCAUUGAAGAAACCCCAGUGAUGCAAAAGGCAAUCAAGAGACUUCCAUCAUCAGUGAGCUAUGCUAGAAACUAUAGAAUACUUACAGCACACCAAUUGUCUUUGUCGCACCAGUUGCUUCCAGCUGACAAGGCUCUCAAGCCAGAAGAGGAUGACCAUUACCUUAUUCCAUAUAUCUUAGAAGCUGAGAAAGAGGCAUUUGAGAAGGCUGAAUUGGACAAUAUCGAAGUUAAGGCUUGA